AGUCGCGCACAAGACCGCGUAUGCUCGCGCUCCGCUCACCUGCUUGGCGAGGGUCGUUCAAGGCCAGGCUGCGGGCGCAUGCGCUUGGCGGGAUCUAGCCGGCGCGUUGCCCUGGUCCAAGGCUGGGGCUCGCUGUUGGGACACGCUGUUCCGUGCGGUCCCCUCCUCCCCAUCCGUGCGAGAGAAAGCACGCUCACACCUGAAUACACGGAUGAGUUGGAAGAACAGCGGAGACCCCGCGGAACUCUCUCCCCCUUGAAGAGCGCAGGACCAAGUUGGAGGAGCUCGCGCGCUCCGCCUGGGCAAGGGUGCUCUGGGAGAGAACAAAUUGCCUCACAUAUCACCCCUUCCAUUACGUCUUGUCAAGACACAAGCCAUCCAUGCCCAGACACAAGCCACCCGUACUGGAGGAGAAGGAUGAGAACUGCCAAUCUUCCAUUCUGUCUGGCAGUUGUGAAGCCUUCACCUGCUCGUCAUCUAAAGGGGUUUGUACAGCAGGUUACAGGUAUGAAGCACCCAAUAAGUCCGGACCACAUCUUUGGAGAUGGAAUUAUGACUCCAUCUGCAUUUCUGCGGGGCUUUGAAGAUAAAGGACUAAGACACGACAGGCCAGACUAUCAAUUAAGUAAAGAGAAAAAGAAGAUAUUAUUUUCCUUCUGUGAUGUGUGCAAUAUACAGUUGAACUCAGCAGCACAAGCUCAAGUUCAUUACAGUGGAAAGUCUCAUCUGAAAAUAGUAAAACAGCUGAAUAACGGGAAGUUACCUACAAACACAUCCACAGGCACUUUGUUUGCAGGUGCCAGCACAGAUGAUCAGGGCUGGAGAGCCAAGUCUCUGUUAGCAUUCACGGUACCUCUUACGAGUCACAUAACUGGACGUUUUGUUUCUAACCUGGUUUCUUUUAUAAGCUGGAUAUUUAGUACUAUCAUAAUGUGGAGUGGACUUCCUAGCAGAGGCGGUACAUGCCAUACUACUACACUCCCUAACCUUGUCCGCACACCUACGCUCAUGAUGCAACCCUCCCUGGAUAUCAAACCAUUUGUGUCCUUCCCAGUGGAUGGCAGUUCUGCUGUUGGACUCUUCCCAAAUUUUAAUACUAUGGAUCCAGUGCAAAAAGCAGUCAUAAACCACACAUUUGGUGUGUCAAUUCCCCCAAAGAAGAAACAAGUCAUUUCUUGUAACGUCUGUCAGCUUCGCUUUAAUUCUGACAGCCAGGCCGAGGCCCACUACAAAGGAAAUAAACAUGCCAAGAAGGUCAAAGCACUAGAAGCAACGAAAAAUAGACCAAAAGCUGGUACUUCCAAGGACAGCACAAAGGCUAAUACGAACUGCUCUGCUACACCAAUCCCAGCCAGCAUCUCUGACAAAUCAGAAGACAAGGCAGAUCUGAAAGCUAACGGCUCUAGUCAGUUUCCAAAUGCUGAAGUAGUCUCCUUUAUAUCUGAGUCUGGAACUACAGCAGCGCUCACUGCCACAGCAGCAACGCCCUCAUCAUCAACUUCUUCCAAGAGCACAAAUGGGACUACUAAUGCCAUUUCUGAAUCAGAAGAGGAGAAAGCCAAAAAAUUGCUUUACUGUUCAUUAUGCAAAGUGGCUGUGAACUCCCUAUCACAGCUAGAAGCUCAUAACACGGGUUCCAAGCACAAGACAAUGGUUGAAGCUCGGAAUGGUGCAGGUCCAAUUAAAUCUUAUCCUAGACCAGGAUCCAGACUGAAGACUCAGAGUGUCACUAUGGGCUCAGGACUGCAAAACAAAACAUUUCAUUGUGAGAUCUGUGAUGUCCAUGUCAACUCAGAAAUUCAACUUAAGCAGCACAUUUCCAGCAGAAGACACAAGGACAAAAUUGCAGGAAAGCCUACAAAACCGAAAUAUAGUCCUUACAACAAACUACAGCGUGGUCCAAGUAUUCUAGCAGCAAAACUCGCAUUCCAGAAAGAUAUGAUUAAGCCUUUGGCACCCACUUUCCUUUCGUCUCCUCUUGCUGCUGCAGCUGCUGCAGCAGUUUCCGCUACUUUGACUCUUCCUCCACGACCCUCAGCUGCUUUGUUCCAGGCACCUACAAUACCCACAGCUCUCCUAAGGGCAGGACAUGGCCCUAUUCGAGCUACUCCCACAUCUAUCUUAUUUGCACCCUACUGAUUGUUGAAUCAGCAAUGCAUGACUAUGGCCAUUUGGAAGAGAGACAAAAGAAAGCGAGCAACAAUUCCAUAUUUUUAAAUGGCUGUCUUUUUAAGGCACCACACUUGAUUACUUCCCAACUAAAACAGGUUGUGGAACUCUUCACUGACGGGUAUUGCAAUCUAGAUGACAUGAGCUUGUCGUUGUUUAGGGGUUUGUUUGUUUGUUUAAAUAAAGAAUUCAGAUCAAUGGUUUACAGAAAAUUUAAUUGUGCACACAAGAAUUCAUACGUCUACUUUUUAAACUGGACAUAUAAUAUGCAUUAUAAAACAAGGAACAUGGAAUACUUUCCUGUUUGACUUGAAAACCAGGAUCUUCCUUCCUCACACUGAUGUACUUAGGCCUUUGGAAACCAACUGUGCAGAUUCUGGUGUGCAGCAAAAACUAGGUGAAACAAGUGCUUGAAUUGCCAACAACAGCUCAAUAAUGGAGUCCAAGUUAUUGUUUCUUAUGUGCUCCUGUUGUCAGGGAUUGUGUAUUGUUUUAGGACGCUGUACUAAUGUAUUUUGUGUAGUACUCGAGAUUUAUCUCUCGCUUGAUUUUAAACCAUUUCAGUUGCUGUGCAAAUGUUUGGAAGCAGAGCAGCCUCGAAGCUUUUCUUUUAAAGAAUUUAAUGUAUGUCUUUAAUUUAACAUUUUAUUUAGAAAGAUUCAGAAUAAGAAAGCCAUAUAUCGGAUGGUUAUGACUCAUUUACUAUUUUCAUGUAACUUGUUUUGUGUGUCUCCCCCCCCCCCCCGGUGUUGUUAAAACUGCUUCAAAAGAGAGUUUCUUAAUUUAUAUGUUUACCAGACUUCAUGCUUGUUGAGGCUACCAGCCAGUGUAUUUAUUCAUAUAUAUUUCUAAACUUCUUUCCUACAUAAUGAUGCUACAUUUAGUUGUGGCUCCCCAAUGCAAUAAUGUAUAGGAGAUCAGAUAUUUAUAAAAUUAAUUGUCUCAUCUGUUGUCUUAAUAUAUUGAUAUUCUGACCCUCCUCUUCCCCUGGUUUUUCCCACUCCAUUUUAUAAAGGUGAUCAGGAUACUGACGACACAUCAUGAGCUGUUUGGAACAACAAGGGUACUUUCCAAAAACAUCUUUACCUGCUGUCUGUAAAGAGUAAAACAUAUGUGUAUUUUUUAAAAAAGCACAUUUUUAAUAAAAUAAUAUGGGAAAAUAGCAAAUGGUUUAUUAAUGAGCAAAAGAAUUCAUGUGGAACCCUUAAAUGAGACCUCUGUUUGAUAACAGCAUCAUUAUGGUACAGCACACUAGGAAGUUACCAAACGGCUGCACAGUCACUUGAUUAUACUGUCAUUGUUAAUGAAUGACUGGAAUUAUGAAUACAUGGAUAAUGUACUUUGCAUAUCACUGUAGAAUGCUUAAUUUCUUGCUGUGCUGUAUUUUUA